ACCUCCGCCGCCUCCGCCGCCCCGCAGGCCUCGGUUCUCGUACUCGCGGCUCUGCGCGGCUCGCGGCUCGCGGCCCCGCGUCCAGGUUCCUGCGAGAUGACGCUCAAGGCGAGCGAGGGCGAGGGCGGGGGCAGCAUGCGCACGGCGCUCUCCGACCUCUACCUGGAGCACUUGCUGCAGAAGCGCAGCCGGCCCGAGGCUGUGUCACACCAGGUGAAUGCCGUGACCGAGGACAUGUACACCAAUGGUUCUGCUGCCCCAGGGAGCCCUACCCCGGCCAAAGGGCAGGAGGUACGGAAGGUGCGACUCAUACAGUUCGAGAAGGUCACAGAAGAGCCCAUGGGAAUCACUCUGAAGCUGAAUGAAAAGCAGUCCUGUACAGUGGCAAGGAUUCUUCAUGGUGGCAUGAUUCAUAGACAAGGCUCCCUUCACGUCGGGGAUGAGAUCCUAGAAAUCAAUGGCACAAAUGUGACUAAUCACUCAGUAGAUCAGCUGCAGAAGGCGAUGAAAGAAACCAAAGGAAUGAUCUCAUUAAAAGUAAUUCCCAACCAGCAAAAUCGUCUUCCUGCACUACAGGUAGGUGACACCAUUUUCUCUGUUGUGUUCUUUGAUAUUCAAUUGAAAUGA